AUGAGCAAGAAAGUGGAUAAAAUAUGUGAUGAACUGGAGUGUCCAUCGGAUGGUGAUUGCGAUAUUGAUGUCCAAUCGCGAGCAUUAUGUCAAAAGUGUAGGCUUAAUAAAUGUUUGGCUAUUGGCAUGAAAAAGGAAUUCAUACGGAGUGAUGAGGAAAAUAAACUGAGAAAGCAUGAUUAGAGAAAAUAAACGCAAACGAAAACAAUUGUAUGAGAGAUACAAAUGUAUGGUCUCGUCGGCCACCGACUGGCCCCCAAAUGGACAGACACUUCAUGACAGAAACCAUGAGAUUUACUGUCAAGAGAUCGAUAACCUAAUUGACA